CCGGACUGCCGGACUGCCGGACUGGACGUCACGUGAUGUCCGACCUCUUGGACCUUGGGGAGGCGAAAGAGGAGGUGCCUCCGGCCGCCAAGAAAGAUGACGAUCUCUUAAUGGGCUACGCGGCCGCUCCGGCGCCGGCGGCUUCGCCGGCGGCUCCGGCCGCUUCGGCGCCGGCCGCUGCGGCGGUCGCCUCGGUGACUGGGGGGACUUUGCGUCGGCAGCGCCGGAGGCGGCCCAGGCGGAAGACAAAAAGCCAGGCCUUGCGGCGGAGGCCGAGCCGGUUGACAGCUUCGACCCCAUGGAGGGUGCAAAGGCCGCAAAGACUGCGGAUCCCUACAACCAUUUGGAAACCAUGGAGAAGAAGGCGGAGGGAGAGGACAACCUCAUCUCCUUCGGCGCUCUGGACGAGUUCGACCCAGUGGCGCACCAGUGGCCCAACGCCAAGCCCGAGGCGGCCGCAAGUUCCAGCGAGCCUGCCGCAGCCGCAAGUUCCAGCAAGCCCGCCACAGUUGACUUCAACCCGAACCCCGGGCAGGGUGGGGAUCUCCUGGGCCUCGGCGGGGCGGAGGAACCGGAAACGGAGAAGAAAAUGAUCUUCGUGUACCACAAGGGCGAAAAGAAUUGCGUCGGAUGGUACACUGACAUGCGGCCAGAGGACAUCAAAGAGGCGAUUCUGUGCGCCUGCGACGCCAUCAUGGAUGGAGGCUUUGUCCUGCGCGAGGUCCAGUUUGCUGAUGAUGAAGAGAAGACGGAGCCAAAAGAGGACGGCCGCAUCUUCGAGUUUGAGCAAUUCGACCAGCUGCAAAACGGACAGACGUACAUUAUCGAGGCAGCUGGGGAGAGGGAGGAUUUGAAGAAGAUCACAGGUGACCGCUUCCGGAGGCUCAAGGUGCAGAUUGACCCCUUGCUCCACGUGGAAGCCGUCAAGGCCAUCGACCGCAUGCGCCGCGGAUCCAACCUCCUGAAGCAUACGCACUACGGCUUUCCGCACCUCCGGCAAUUCCAGUUGAGCGAUGACAAGCGGCGCCUCAUUUGGUACUCGGGCGUGAAGAGGAAAGAAGACUCCUUGGUGAACCUGGACGAGGUGGUGGAAAUCAAGCUGGGCCAGCAGACGCCGGUGUUCCUGCACUAUCGUCUGCCGAUGCUGGAGCACCUGUCCUUCUCGAUCAUCUACGGGCCCAAGGGCGCUAAGACGCUGGACCUGACCUGCAAAGACGAGUUCGAGUUCGACCACUGGGUCACCGGCCUGAAAGCUAUCUUCUACCAGAUGCAGAACAAGCAGAUCUCGAAGGAGGCGCUCCUGGCGCACUCCAAGCGCUUCCAGAAGGCCAUGGAGAAGAACAACGUGGGGAUCAAGCUAACCAAGCUGCCGGAGGUCAAGGAGAAGGGCCACGUGGGCCUCGACGACUGCAUCGAGAUCGUGACCCACACUCCGCAGCAGCUGGAUACCAAGAUGGAGCGCCUCAGAGAGAGGCUGAAGAGCAUGAGUCAGCAGGUGUCCCGGCUAGACCAUCACUCAGCCGCUGAGAUGGAGGUGGAUCUCUCGCUGCUUACGGGCCAGGGCCCUGCGUAUGCGAGUGUCUUUGUCCAAGACGAAGAUGCCCAGGACGAGGAGAUGGAGAUCCGGCGGAUGCACGAGUUGGUGGAGCAAACCACGCAGGUGCUCCAGCAGGAGCCCGGAAUGAGCUCAUCGCCCUCAACCAGAGACAGAGAUCGGACAGCGCGGGCAGCACCGAGGCCAAGGCAAAGAAGAAGGAGACCGCCGCCUGCAAGCACAUCGACCAGCUCCUCUGGAAGGCUGAGGUGGAUCUCGAGAACGUGGAGGACAUGUACGUGAGGCACAUGGACAACCAGAAGGACACCUACUCUCUGGCCGACUUCAACCAGAGAGUCUCCAGAACCUUCUCUGAGAUCGAGGAGAGUCUCAACUCUCAGCUCGACUCCAUCAAGUCCUUCUUCACCAGGUGAGGUGGCACUUGGAAAUGCACAAUGCACAGAGUCCACGGGCGAUCACCACCCGAGGGAGGAUCGCUGCUUUGAGCUUUGCCAGUUCAUCCGGCUUUAGCUCCUGAUCCUGCGGUUUCACCCGGCGCGAAUUUAGUUCAAAAAGCAUCUGCAUCUCGGGCAAU